AUGCUUCGAACUUGUCUAAAGAAGCGAAUCUAUACUUAUUCUUCUAUUCGAGAUAGAAUCAAUUAAGAGAGAGCUGAAAGAUUGAAGAAUUUACCAACUACUACUCAAGAAAAAAUCAGAAAUUUUGGCAUUAUUGCACAUAUUGAUGCAGGUAAAACAACAACAACAGAAAGAAUGUUAUUUUAUGCAGGAGCCAUUCCAUUCCCUGGAGAAGUUCAUGAUGGUACUACUACCAUGGAUUUCAUGCCAUAAGAAAGACAAAGAGGAAUCACUAUUAGAUCUGCUGCUAUAUCUUUUAAUUGGGCAAAUCAUUAAUAUAAUCUAAUAGAUACACCUGGACAUAUUGAUUUUACAGCUGAAGUUGAAAGAUCACUUAGAGUUUUAGGUAAACAAUUUGUAAUAUUCUAAUUUUUACAGAUGGAGCUAUAGCAAUCUUUGAUGGAGUUUCAGGUGUUUAAACACAAUCAGAAACAGUGUGGUUAUAAGCUAAUAAAUUUAAUAUUCCAAAAAUUGCAUUCGUUAACAAAAUGGAUAGAUAAGGAGCAUCAUUAGAAUAUACAAUUUAAUCUAUGAAAGACAGAUUAAAUAUCAAACCAUUUAUGUAUUAAUUUCUAUAUUAUAAUAGAAUGUAGAUUCCAGUUGGAGAAAUUGAUUAUUUCAAUUCUGUUAUUGAUCUCUUAACCUUUAAAGAAAUUGUAUGGUUAGAUAAAUAUGGAUCAGAAGUCGAAUUUAGAGAUGUGGAUAAAUCACAUCGUUAUUAUGAUAAAGCCAUUAAAGCCAGAGAUGAUUUAUUAUCUACUGUAUCUGAAUUUGAUGAGAAUAUUGCUGAACUUUAUUUAGAAGACUCUAAAGAAUUGUUAAAUUAAUAAUUGUUACUUUAAUCAAUUAGAUAAAUUAUUAAUAAACAUUAUAAUGAAUGUUGUCCUAUAUAUUUUGGAUCAGCACUUAAAAAUAGAGGUAUAUAACCAAUUCUAGAUGCUGUUCAUUAAUUAUUGCCAGGUCCAAUUGAAAGACCAUUAAUUUUUGAUAUCAAUAAUCCAAAUAACAAAAGAAAAUUGGAGAAGAGUGAAAAAUUAACUGCAUUUAUUUAUAAGGUUAUUUAAGAUUAAGAUUUGGGAUUACUUGGAUUUACUAGAAUUUAUUCUGGAGAAAUGACUUAAAAAUAAAAUUACAGCAAUAGUACAAAGGAUGAACUUAUAAAGGUUGGCAAUCUCUAUAGAGUAAGAGCUAAUAGAUAUGUUCCUAUAAAUAAUGUUUAAGCUGGAGAUAUUAUUGCAAUUUAAUCUAAAUAAGUAGUUGCUGGUUCUACCUUAAUUGGAUCAAAUGAUGAGAGGUAAAUCCUUUUGAUUCAUAUUUAGAUUUGUAUUAUAGUAAUUGUAAUUACCAUAGUGUGUUUUCUUUGCCAAUUUAGAAUAUGAAUCAGCCAAAGAUAAACUCAAAUUAGAUUAGGCUCUAUAAUAGUUAUAAUUGGAAGAUGAGAGUUUGAAGAUUACUGUAGCUGAUGAGACACUUAUUACUAUUGGUGGAUAAGGAGAAUUGCAUCUUGAAAUUGUUGUUUAAAGAUUGAAGGAAGAUUUUGGUCUAAAUACUAAGCUUAAGAAAUUAUAAGUUGAAUACAAAGAGAGCAUUAGUGAGGAAGGAGUUUUGGAAGUCAAAUAUUAAGAUAUUCUUAAAGGAAGACCUUUAUGGUUUAAAUUGAAAUUAAAAUUAUAACCAAGUGAAUAGUAAGAAAAUGAAGUUAUUUUUGAUUUUGAUAGAGAAAAUGAAUUUGAUAUCCUAUAUAAAUAAUUCAAAGAAACUUAACUUAGAUAGGUGGCUACUUAAAAAAAUGAAACAUCUGUUAAAUACAUUAAGAAUCCUUGUAAAAAUAUAGAAGUAGAUACUAUUAUUGAUGAUCAUGGAGAAGAAAAGGCUUAUCAUAUAUCUUCAUUGCAAUUUCCUAUGUUUUAUCAAUUAGAAAAAUCAAUUCUAGCUUCUCUUAAUAGAGGAUUCUUGAAAUCUUAUUAAAUGUAAGGUAUUAAAGCUACUAUUUUGGAUGGUGCUUUUUCUCUUAAACGAACAACCGAUUUAGCAAUUGGUCGAGCAGUAUAAAAAUUAAUGUAAGAAAUACAUCCUUUACUUAAAGUAUAUAUUAUAUUUAUUUUAGCCAAUUAUAUUGGAACCAAUAAUGGAUCUUGAAAUAUCUUGUCCUAAUUCUUUGUAAUAGAGAAUCAUUAAUGAUUUGAUUUCACAUAGAAGAGGAAAGAUUAUUGAAAUUAAAUAAGAUUAAAAUAGAGCAGGAUCAUAAAAUAGCAAUAGAGUUAUUAUUACUGCUACUAUUCCAUCAUAGGAAUCUAUUGGAUAUUCCACUGCCAUUAGAUCUAUAUCACAAGGAGAAGCAUAUUUUUCAAUGAGUUUCAAGAAUUAUGAAUUUGUGGGUGGUUAAAAAUAAAGUGAACUAAUUUCAGAAGUCUUUUGA